AUGGAAGAGGGAUUCAACAAGACUGUCGGCGGUCUGUUACAGUCAAUGCAGUAAGUGUUCUCCUUACUUCCUUUGCCUCAAAGAGUCCAGCUCAAUUGAAGUUUCAGAUGAUGUCUAUAUUGAGGCGCAAAAGACUGGAACUUCACCCGCUCUCUGCGCACCAAAUUCGACCUUCCAAGUGGGCUACCACAACUGUCAAGACUGUGUUCAGAAAUUUGGCGAUCCGACUGCUGCGAUCCCGUCCGAUUUUCAGCCUUUCAUAGAGUAUUGCGCCCAACCAGCUCAAUCGAUCACCUCCGCCGCAAUAACUGGUCCUACAUCCUCAAUAACAAGCUUCAGUUCACUACCAAACUUCACCGAAACGACGACCGCAACAGCGACCGUUUAUUUUACGUCAAGUCCUCCCGUCACUGCUUCUGUUGCCAACCUCCAAGCCGACGAAACAACUCUUCCCUCGCCAAUAAGCAAUUCAGAAACUUCAUCAACAAGCAAGAACCAUACCGGGGUAGCGGGAGCAGUUAUUAGUCCAGCAUUGGUCCUUCUUUCCGUUGCCUCUUUCUUCUUCAUGCGUCGGAGAAGAAAUCGAAAAGUACGUGAUGCCCAGGCAAUGAGAGAAAGGGGAGGGGAGGAUGAUAUAACAGGAUACAAGGCUCAAAUACAUGGUGAUAGCAUGGUAAAGGUUCACCAUGAGCUUCCUGCCGAGGACUGGCCAGAACUACCAGCAAGAGAACCCGUGGGAUCAGAGUUAGCUGGAGAAAGACCUGGGCAAAGAGAUUUCUAG